UCACACGCAUGAAAAUAUAAAAUAUGAAUGCAAUAUGCUUGAAUGCUAAUUGCUAAUAUUAAUGUCUUAUAUCAAUUAAUAUAAACUAGGUAAAGAUUAAUGCUUAAAAAGUUUAGAAAAUAAAUAAUUACUUAUUAGCUGUUAUUAUAGUUAUUACAUUUUAAAUAAAAUUAGAAAAAGAGUUUUUUUUAUUUUAAAAGGAGCAUUUAAAAACAAUAUCAUGUCUACCAGAUGGUAUCCGAUUUAUCAGAGAGGCAAUCCUCAACUACGUAUUUUUUUGCCAAAUUUUUGGAUGAAAUUAGUACGACCAGAAGAAAAACAACCAAAAAAUGUGGUUCAAUUUAUGGUACCCACCGGAAUGACAAAUUAUGAUAUAGAGAAUUAUUUAAAAAAAAUUUAUAAAAUUAGCGUUAUUAAAGUUGAAUCCAGUAUUGAAAAUGGUAAAAUGAAAAGAGCAAUUUUUAACAAAUACGGCCCUAUUGUAAAAGAAGAUGACUUCCGACGAGCAUUUGUUACAAUGCCUAGAGAUCAAGAAUUUGAAUUUCCUGAUGUAUGUACUACAGAAGAGUUUAAAAAACGUACUGCCGAAGAUGAAAAAUCAAGUAAAGUUAGCCAAGAUAUGUACAAAGACUAUUUGAAGAAACAAGGUAACCGUCCUGGAUUACCUGGCUGGUUUUCUUUUUAAGAAUCAUAAAAUACAUUUGUAACUGUGUAAAUAAAAAGUAUAUGUCUAUUCUGCAAUUAUUAGAAUUAUUAGCAGUUUUAUAUAUAGAUUAAAAGUGUGUGAUUUGAAUUCAAAGAAUAAAAUUAAUGUAUUCAGAUUAAUGAUAACGAUUUAUAUUUAAUAAUAUCAUUCAUUUUUUUGUCCAUAAACUAAUUUCAUUUGAAAUUUUGAAAUAUAUUUUGCUUAAAACAAAU